UUCCUUCUCAUACACAAAUUAAGAACAUAGUUCCCUUAUUCACCUUUCAAAGAAUCUCCAAGAAAACAGAGCAAUGCAAGCAAAUUCUCUUUUAUGCUAUGCACUAGUAGCAAUUCUCACUCUCCAGUUCUCUACCCACAUAAAUUCUAUCGAACCUUCUAAACCAUUACCAAAUAACACAAACACCCAGUACAUCAAAACCUCCUGCACCAACACGACCUAUCCAAGAUUAUGUUACCACUCUCUCUCAAUCUAUGCAAGCAAAAUCAAGACCAACCCAAAAUUGCUAACCAAUAUUGCUCUUAACGUAACCCUAAAAGCCACCAAAUCGACAUCAAGAUUGAUGAAGAGACUGUCAAGAAUCCAUGGGUUAAAGCGUAGAGAGGCUGCAGCUUUAGUUGAUUGUGUGGAGGUAGUUGGUGACUCAGUGUAUGAGCUUCAAAGAUCAAUUGGGGAGAUGGGUCAAGCAGAAGGAUCAAAGUUUGCUCAAGUAAUAGAUGAUAUACAAACAUGGGUUAGUGCAGCUUUAACAGAUGAUGAUACUUGCAUGGAUGGAUUUUCUGAAGUGUCUAUGAAUAGAAAAGUGAAGAUUAUUGCAAGAAAGCACUUACUGAAAAUUGCUCAUUUGACUAGUAAUGCUUUAGCUCUCAUCAAUAAUUUUGCUUCAUCUCAUAACAAUUUGCAAUAAUAAUUGUCUUUUUAUAUCUAUUUGUGAUAUAUAUACAAGUAUAAUUGACUUUCUUGGGAAACCCACUUCCCCAUGAGAGCUGAAAAAGGGAGUGAAUUUCAGUUCUCAUUUAUUUUGGGCUUAUCUUCUUUUGCAAUUAUUGAUUAGUGGUUUGCCAUAUAUAUAAAAUUGCCCGUGCGUACAAGUCUAUGUAAGUGAGAGUUAAGCACAAAGCGGAGUAGUUAAAUGUAGAUUUUCUUUAAUGUUUUGUGGUUAAGAUGUAAAUUAGUAAAUUCUUCUUUGUUUCAAAAUAUAUACAUAGCUUAUUUCUGAUA